AUGGCAUCCAUCACCCGCUUUUACACGGAGCUCCACGUCUCUAUCCUAAAAAGAGUAGAUCAAAAACAGCCAACGCCUUCAAAAUUCUCUGGUUCCAUCACAACUGAAUCAGCUGGUAGCUACACGUUACUACCGAUUGUCCCAGUUAUUCUAAAGGCGAAUGGAAAGGAGUUGCCGCUUUAUGCACUUCUUGAUCCCGGAAGGGAAAUAUCCGUCAUAAAGGGAAGAACGGCUAGUUUUCUUAAUUUGCGUGGCAAGGUGGAAAAAGUGUUAACUAGAACGGUUAACGGAGGAGCGAAAUCUGUCGAUCGACAAAUCGUCAAUUUCAACGUCACUUCAAGAGACGGUCUUUUCUCUUUCGACGUCUUGGACGCCCACGUAAUGGAGACCUUCGAACUCAAUAAAUGCUCAAUUAUUCUUGCUACCCUCAGCAAACAGUGGCCUCACCUCGCCCAUGUUCCUGUUUAUUCUACCACGCAGGAGGACGUCGCAAUCCUGAUCGGCCAUGACCAUCCGGCAGCCAUCGAAAUCUUUGAGACUCGCAAAGAUCCGUUCCACCAACGAGCCCCUCGUGACUAUUUGACAGCUUUCGACUGGUGUAUCGGAGGGCCCAGUGGGAGACUCAACGACAAAACCCGUGACUGUUUCCAUUCCCACCUGGCAGAAAGGGAAUGUGAUGUAAUGUUACAACAAUUUGUUGAAGCAGAAACAUUUGGCACAAAGCCAAACGUUGAAAAAGCCGUCGGUCGAGAGGAAAGAAGAGCGUGGAAGAUUCUAAACGACACGACUAGACACAACGGCAAACGUUACGAGGUCGGCCUUCUCUGGAAGAUGGAUAACCCAGACCUACCAAAUAACUUUUUCGCCGCCCAGCGCCGUUUUUUUAAUCUUGAAGGCAAACUUAUGAAGGAUAAAGAACUCGCCAUGACCUAUGGUUCGGUCAUCGAUACUUACGUCAACUUAAAACACGCGCGUAAGUUGUCCCGAAAAGAAGUCGACUCCGGACCGGUUGACCGAACGUGGUAUUGUCCUCAUCACCCAGUCUUCAACCCAAACAAACCGAAAAAGUGCAGAAUAGUGUUCGAUUUGUCAGCCAAAUACAAAGGAAUAUGCCUCAACGACGUUCUUCUGAAAGGUCCAGACCUCCUGACGAAUCUCAUUGGCAUUCUCCUCCGUUUCAGGCAGCACGCAAUUCCGGUCGUCGCUGAUGUCGAAAAAAUGUUCCACCAAGUACGAGUGAGACCUUCUGACGGGCCGGCCUUCCGCUUCAUCUGGCGUGAACCGGGCAGUACGCAGCUCCCAGAUAUCUACCAAAUGGACGUACAUCUCUUCGGCGCCGUUUCGUCACCGGCCGUGUGUGCUAACACCUUGCAACGCGCCGUGAAAGAUAGUGAAAACGCAGUGCCCUUGCUACAACAGAUCACUCGUCAUUUUUACGUGGACAACUGGUUAGCAUCGUUCCCUUCUACUACCGAAUCUAUUGCGACCGCCCAUACAUUGACCGAAGCGUUAAAGGUUGGUGGGUUCCCAUUGACUCAAUAG